AUGGCAAAGUCGCUGGAGCUCAAGGAACAAGGCAACCGCCAUUUCCAGAGCGGAGACUACCUGGCCGCAGAGAGCCUCUACUCAAAAGCCAUCAUAGCAGACCCCAAAAACCCCACCCUCUACACCAACCGCGCCAUGUCGCGCCUCAAACUGUCCCUCUGGGAGUCCGUCAUCUCCGACUGCCAGACGUGCCUCUCCAUCACGCCCGACUCCAUGAAGGCGCACUACUACCUCUCGCAGGCCUUCCUCCACAGCAGGGACUACGAGUCGGCCGUCACCCACGCCGUCCGCGCGCACGGGAUAUGCGCCAAGACCAACGACAAGUCCCUCUCGCAAAUCACCGCCGCCGUGCUCCGGUGCAAAAAGGCGCGCUGGGAGCACCGCGAGAAGCUGCGGGCCAAGGAAGCACAGGCCCUGGAGACCACCGUCCUGGACCUGCUGGCCAAGGACGCCGACGACAUGCUCGCCGACCCCGCCACCAGCGAGUACGAAAAGGGCCUGAUCCGGGAGGACAACGAGCAGAGGGUGCAGCAGAUGCGGGCUGUUUUCGAGCGCGCCAGGGCCCAGGCCGACAGGCGGAGAGAGGUGCCCGAGUGGGUUAUCGACGAUAUCAGCUUCGCCAUCAUGGUUGAUCCCGUUGUUACAAAGACGGGCAAGUCGUAUGAACGCUCAGCCAUCAUGGAACAUCUCCAGCGGCGGCCUACCGAUCCUUUGACACGGGAGCCCCUUGUCCCGUCUGAACUCAGACCAAACCUUGCCCUGCGCCAAGCGUGCGAAGACUUUAUCGAGGAAAACGGCUGGGCCGUGGACUGGUGA